UCAGGUGCUGAGGUCGCCGGAGCGCGCACUGCUCACUACCGCCGCGCGUCAGUGAACUGCAGUAAAACCGGACGCCUCUAAAAACCGGAGUACACAGCAAGCGGAGCCAGUCGGCUGCUGUGUCCGAAGUGGAUUUUUACGAGAUAAGAAAUCCCACCAAAGCCUGUGGAAGUGAAGUUUCAGCGGCGUAAAGACGACACGUAGUUUUCUGGUUGGCGUUUUAGUUUCCAGCCUUUCUCCAUUAAGUAACCAGAGACUCCUGAGGCUUCCUCCCCCCGAAACUCAACCAGAACACUGCAACUCCUGGAUUUAACAACACUGAAGGAUACUGCCGCACUUUGGAGUGUUGUUGUUUCUGGGCUGCCCAGCCUGGACACUUGACUAUGGGUGAACCUCUGUGGAGUAGCAGCAUCAGGACCGUGUGGGAAAGCUUGUUCUGCAGCAGCCCAUCCUCUCUGAAUGUGUUGUGGAUCAAAAUACAAGAUGGCAGAGAUGCCGUCCGAUGUGGUUAACUACACAUCUUAUCAGAAGUAUUAAACCACUGAUCAUCAGAGGCUUCCCAGCACGAAGACUCGGGUUGUAAUUUUUUAUUUUUUUUUUUGUAUUGACUUUCAGCUUUUUUUUUUUUGGAAACAUUUUUAAUUAGCAAAGAAAGCAAAAGGUCUUUUGUGUGAGCUGCAGAAAUGGACUAGAAGCCCAUGUUUAGUAGGGCAGCUGCUGCAGCUUGUGGAUUAACUUAACCUGAAGGGCCAGGGGAUCUGAUCCCAGCUCCAACCCGCCCUGUCAGCUGACCGUCCCACUUAUCUAAAGGUGUAGAUCCACUAACCAAUGGCAUGGGCCAAGUUCUUCAGGAGGCCGGGGGGCAACCUGGGGAAAUCGUACCAGCCGGGGAGCAUGCUGUCUCUGGCCCCCACCAAAGGACUCCUGAACGAGCCGGGCCAGAACAGCUGCUUCCUCAACAGCGCUGUGCAGGUACUAUGGCACCUGGACAUCUUCAGACGCAGCUUCAGGCAGCUACCUGGACACUUCUGUUUAGGAGACUCAUGCAUCUUUUGUGCAUUAAAGGAUAUCUUCUCCCAGUUCCAGCAGAGUCGGGAGCGAGCCCUGCCCUCUGACAGCCUGCGUGUCGCCUUGGCAGAGACCUUUAAGGACGAGCAUCGCUUCCAGCUGGGCUUCAUGGAUGAUGCCGCAGAGUGCUUUGAGAACAUACUGGAGAGGAUCCACCUGCACAUUGUGUCUGAAGAGACAGACGCCUGCACUUCAAAGUCUUGCAUCACGCAUCAGAAGUUUGCUAUGUCACUUUAUGAGCAGUCUGUGUGCCGUAGCUGUGGGGCGUCCUCCGAUCCACUACCAUUUACAGAGCUGGUGCAUUAUGUCUCCACCACUGCACUUUGUCAACAGAGUCUUCAGCGCAAAGACGAGUCAUUUGGGGAACUGUUACAAACAGUGAGUACAACAGGAGACGUACGUAACUGUCCGAGCAAUUGUGGUCAGAGAAUUAGGAUCCGACGGGUCCUCAUGAACUCUCCAGAAAUAGUUACUAUAGGCUUCGUCUGGGACUCGGAGCAGUCAGACCUGACUGAGGAUGUUAUCCGCUUUUUAGGGCCCCAUCUCAGUCUCUCUGCACUCUUCUACAGGGUGACAGAUGAGCAAGCCAAAAAAGGAGAGCUUCAGCUCGUGGGGAUGAUCUGCUACACCAGCCGCCACUAUUGUGCCUUCGCCUUCCACACAAAGUCCUCCAAAUGGGUCUUCUUUGAUGAUGCAACAGUAAAAGAGGUCGGCACCAGGUGGAAAGAUGUAGUCACCAAAUGUAUCAAAGGUCACUUCCAGCCUCUCCUCCUGUUUUACUCCAACCCAGAUGGGAGUGCUAUCACUGUGGAUGAUGGCUCGAGACAAACCAGCAGCCACUCCCAGCACAAGACCCCUGCCAGUGGGGGAGUGCAAGGCCUCGAGUCUCCAGUGUCCACCCCAAAGAAGCUGGACCUCACCAAGGAGAAUCUGAAUGCUCGGUUGGGUGCCUUCAGCAGGGGCAGCGAUCAGACCAGUGCAGGGCGGGGACCAGUGAAAAUUGGCACCAAUGAUCCCAGGAGUCGCAUCAAAGAGCUUUCUCGAGAAGUUGCCCAGAAAGCAGGGGAGAUUCGGGGGUUGCAUCCAUUCAGAAGGCAACCUGACAGGAGUGGUCAGCGGGAGCCGGAGUCCCACUCCAGAGAUCCAGCCAAGGACAGGACCUACACCCGCUCUGUUUCCCCUCCAGAGAAUGGCUUCAGAAAACCCCUGGAGACUCGACUGUACAGAAGCCAAGGGAAAGGUCCCAUUCGGCCUGAGAGAACACCCCACCUUGGUGGUCGAUCCUCCAAUCAAUGCUCUCGCUCUCACUCUAGUGUCCAAGUGCUACCCAGUGUGUCCAAUGCCAGUAGUGGCCAUCGCAGCCGGAGACUGGACCACUUUUCUAACGGAUAUGACACUGACAGCAGCCAAGACUCCCGUCCUGGAAGUAGAGGGAACAGCCGCAGCAAGCCUGAUCGCCUGUGGAAGCCCACACGGGAGGCGCUAAAUGUGGACAGUGUUUUAAGACGCACUGUUGAUGUUAAUUCAAGUCAAGAGCAAAGGAAGCACAGCCCCCAAAGAAGACCCAUCAGUCAGUCGCCCUCCCAUGACCGGGACAGAGAUUUUACAUGGGGAACCCAGGAAGAGCCUAAACCCAAGAGCCUAAUGACCAUCUAUGAGGAUGAGCAGAGGAACGAAACUGCUGGCAGCCAGAGCUCGCUGGACUCAGAUAGCCGGUACGGCUACGGUGACAGGGACAGGUCGAAGGGUACAGUGACCCUGAAGAUGCGGAAUGACAACUGGAAGAUCCAGAGAGCUGAAUCUGGAUAUGAAAGUAGUGACAGACUAAGCAAUGGUUCAGCAAAUCUUGACUCACCUGUGGCAGAGCACCUCUCUUCCAAGGAAUUGCGGCCCAUACCUGAGCUGCAUCCGACCAGGGAUCACUUCCCUCAGAGAAGAAACGAUAAUUUGAAGGCCGACAUAUUACACUCUCCGUUUUCCACAAAUGAACAAGGAAGAAAAUCUCCAGAUCUACAAGAUGCUGUAGACGUCUCUGGUCAGAUCAUACAAAGAAGAAGAGCUGUCCGAUACACUCCCAGGAUCUUGGAGAAGAACAGUGGUCUGGACAGCGAACAAGCCGACAAUGUGGAUGGUAGCCCUGUAGGCUAUGGGCCUUCUUACUUGGCAACGACCAGCAGUUCUGAGUGGAACAGCUUUGAUGACCUUGCUGGAUCCUUCUCUGAACAACAGGAGACAGACACUGUUGCCCGUAUAGACUCUUUUUCACAGGACUCUCCCCCGCCUUUACCCCCUAAGACUUUUGGCAGCAGUUAUACUGACCCAUCUGGCGCCGACAUCCAACCGCCGGAGGUACCAGCACGGUCGAGGCCCCGCAAUGAACCCAAAAAUGGCUUAUCGCCUUUCUCGCACACCUCCUUCCGUCGGUGGAUUGAUACACCUGCAGAGCACAGGCUUUCAUCUGAUGCCAGCUCCAAGUCGGGGUCAUCUGACCAAGACAGGAGCGAUCUGUCGGCCAGUGAGAGUGACGAGAGGUUACCCAGUCCAAAGCCCUCGCAUGAUGCUGGUACAGGCUCCCCUUUUCUGCCAGAAGUGGCUCUUCCCACCACUUACUUUUAUGUGGACAACUGUAUGACAGACACUUAUCGGGCCAAAUACUAUAAGAAGCCUGCCUUGAAAGCAGAGGACCAUACGUCGUCAGGUGAGAGUGAUGUUGAAGGGAGGGGAUGCCAUUUGCCAGAUGUUCAGCCACCACAGCUACCCAAAAGUCGAAUAGAGUCAGGCUACUCUACUACCAAGACAACCGCUAAGUGGAAUCCAGUUACUCCAAAAACUCUCGAUGAGCAUGGUUUCCUGUGAUUUUAUCAGAAGAAACAAUAGACCUUAAAUGAUCUAGUGACUGGAUGCCAGAAGGAAUUGUUAGGCACUGUAACUGCUACACAGUUGGAGUCUUUCCAACUGGGAUACGAAUUCACUCAUAAACCUGUCAUAACAGAAACACUGGACAUGUGGAUGCCAAGGAGAUUGUAAAAAGAACUGUAAAAAGAAUGAAAGGUGUCUUUCAUAGUAUGUACCACUAAAAUCUUUGAAUGAAUAAUGAAUUUGCACAGUAAAUAGCACCAGAAAGGUACAGAAAAAACAUUUUGCUGUUGGUCAGGUUUGGGCUUUCGGAGGUCAUUAGAAAAUGUUUAGGUUUAUAAAGAAUGUGUCAGAAACAGUUACUUUGCCACAAAAUAGAUGAAAACAUUUAUUUUACAUGAAUAAGUAAUUAGUUCCUGCAUUUUGACUUUCUUUCACUCUAUGGAGCACUUCUGUUUUAGUUUAACUGCUCCCAUUUUAGUGUUAUGAGGUGUCUGCCCUAGUCUAUUUUCUUUCAAAGAACUCAAGAUGGGUUCCAGGAAUACACCAAACAUGCUUCUUUUGUAAAGUCUUUCUACAUACUGAAGACUAAAAACAUCAUAAGGAUCGUUUGAAUAUGAAGCUCAAGGACACCCACACAGGUGUUCCUGUUUGUACACGGCAUUUUAUGACCUUGGCUAAUAACCAGCAACAGUUUUUCUUCUGUCUCUCUCUCUCUGUAAAACUGUUAAAAAGUGAGAGUCAAUGCAUAACUACCACUGACCACCACUGUGUGUGUCCAGUGGCAAUAAAGCAAUGGGUAAGGUAAGCAAGUAGGCAAAGGAAUGUAUGUGGCAUGAGGCACAUCCCCAUGUCCUAAAAUGCACACAUCCCAUUAUUGAAGCAUUUUUACUGUGUUGUACAUCUUUGCACUUUGACUAUUUAUUUUUUCACACUCCUUACAGGUAUAAUCCAUCGUUUUCUGUCUCAUCUCUUAAGUUGGCUAUUAUUAGCAGCAAGUGUGAACUGGUAGGACACGGGCCUGUCAGCAUAUGAAAGCAUCAGCUUGAUAAUAACUUUGUAAAUAUGAAUAGUGGACUUUUUUUUAGUUUAAAACAUUUUCUAUAUGCAGCAGAUGCUAAUGCACAGUGCCUUUUUGUAUUUUUUUAUGUCAAGACAAGGUGAAAUUGGAGCCAUGAUUUGUACAAAUCUUUGGAUUGAAAGAGUUUUUUGUAAAUUUUAUUUUUGUUAAACAACUAUUAAACAAUUUUAUUUAACCGUG